ACUCGCGGCCCGCGCAUGCGCCGCGCGUUGCCCGGGAGACGGACGCCGUUACCCUCAGGCUCCCUCAGGCGCGCCCGCCCCGCUCGGAGCCGGAGCCGCCGCAUGGAGCCCACCGCGGUGCCCGUCCGAGCGCCCGAGCUCACCGCGCCCGCCGACGUGCCCUACAGCUUCUGCAGCCAGCCCCGCUCCCUGCCCUCCCGCCCCAAGUACCGAGAGCAGUCCAAUGGCGCCGAGACGGAGAAGGGCCCGGUGCGCUACGGCAACAUCAUGAUCGACCCGAGGGUGGUGCGCGGAAACGUUCUGUCCGUCCGUCCUCCCCCACCGCAGAGUACUGAGCCCCAUACCCUUGAGGUUAAAAGGCCGAGGAGAGCACAGCGACAAGUACUGGCCAGAAAGUUUACACAAGAGCAUAUUCGAUCAGGAACGCCAGAGCCUGUGAAGGGUAGAGAACAUGUUCACGUGCAGACAGAACUGUAUUUGGAAGAGAUUAGUGAUCGGAUAAUAGAGGUUGAUGGAGAGUGUCAAACAGAUGACUUUUUAGACAGACCACCCACUCCACUCUUCAUACCAGCCAAAUCAGGAAAAGAUGUGGCCACUCAAAUAGAAGAAGGAGAGUUGUUUGACUUUGACAUUGAAGUUAAGCCGAUCCUGGAAGUGUUGGUUGGAAAAACGGUUGAGCAGGCUUUGCUGGAAGUCAUGGAAGAAGAAGAGCUGGCCCAGCUGUGGUCACAUCAGCGUGCCUUUGCAGAGCUGCGUAAUGCAGAGUUUGCUGAAUUACAGCGCUUGGAAGAGCAGGACAGGCGAAUCAGAGAGGAGAAGGAACGUCGCAGACUGGAGCACCUGGAAAAGCUGCGGAAACAGAAAGAGACUGCAGAGAAAAUUGCAGCUCGGGCAUUUGCUCAGCGUUACCUGGCUGAUCUCAUUCCCUCAGUCUUCAACAAACUUCAUGACAGUGGAUUUUUUUAUGACUCUAUAGAAAGAGAUAUUGAGACAGAAUUCCUUCCAUGGCUGAUGUCAGAAGUGGAAGAAACACUACAGAAGAAGGUUCUGGGAAGGACAGUGCUUGACUCUUUGAUUCGUAUGGUGGUUGAAAAACGCUUAGAUGAAUUUAGCCAUCCACCUCCAUCUGCUCAGACAAAUGCACCUGCUGAAGAGCCCACGACAGCAGAUGCAGCUCCCAAGAUGUCUGGUGAGGCAGAUGCUGCUGACCAACCAGUUGCAGAGAAAGAAGAGACUGACCAACCAGUUGCAGAGAAAGAAGAGACUGACCAACCUGUUGCUGAGGAAUGGCCUUCAGUUUCCACCUCUUCUCAGUUAGAAGAAUAAGAUCAAGAAGGAACAGCAGAUUUGGAAACUGAGUAGCAAACAGGCAAGUCAUCAAGUAAAUGGAGACCAGUGGCUUAGAAAUAAGGAAUUAAUUCCUAUCUAUUUACAGGUAUUGUGCCCUAGCCAUGCUGAAGGAUGAACCUAAGCAGCAUGGAGCUGCUUAGAGCUUUUAAUGCUAGAGCAUUAAAACAUGUUUUCCGUAUGCUGGAGUUGCUGAUUUCAGGCUGCUAGAAUCAAGAGAGAAGUUACUAGUGCAAUGAAUGGCAUGGAAAUUCUGUCUCCUUUUACACAAUCCAAUCCAUCAAAACUUGGGAGGUUUACAGUUGAAAAGUAAUGCUAUCCCACACCCUGUAUUAGAAGGUCAUGAGAAGGAUGUUGAGAACAUCAUAAUAAUCAUCUUUGUAAGUGCUUUGAUAAUGUUCUUGGAACAGUAUUUCCUAACUUUCCUUAUUUUGAAAGGAUUAAUGCAGCAAUUAAAUAAAUUGCUUUUGACUCA